AUGUGUUUGGAAAUCGUUAACAAAGCACUGGUACAACUGGGACUGCUAUCGCCGAAUCGAGCCAUCAACAGCCGUUUUGAUCGAGAUUUGCAACGAGAAACACAGUUUGACGACGCCGAAUUGGGUAAAUAUGUGCAAACGAAUCUUCCAAAAUUGGUUACAGAACAACGCAUAACAUACGACGGAGUUAUGCGUGCAAUCACAAGUAAAAGCGGUGGAUUGUAUUUCCUGGAUGCUCCCGGAGGCACGGGCAAGACCUUCCUAAUCUCAAUAAUUUUGGCAGCGAUACGCUACCAAAAAGAUACUGCACUGGCAAUGGCAUCUUCAGGAAUUGCAGCAACUCUGAAAUGGCCGUUGAACAUACAAUUCAUGGAAAGACCAACGUGCAAUAUCACUAAAAAUUCGGGAAUAGGGAAAGUUCUCCAAUCAUGUACGAUCAUUGUGUGGGACGAAUGUACAAUGGCGCACAAAAAAUUAUUGGAAGCACUUGAUCGCACACUAAGAGAUUUAAGAGGAAAACCCGAGCUAUUAUUCGGUGGUGCACUAAUUUUGCUGUCUGGUGAUUUUCGGCAAACUCUACCAGUAAUACCACGUUCAACACCAGCUGAUGAGCUCAAUGCAUGUCUCAAAUCAUCUGGUUUAUGGCAGCACGUGCAUAAAUUGAGCUUGAAGACUAAUAUUCGUGUACAACUACAAAAUGAGGCAUCGGCUGAUCUGUUCGCAAAACAAUUGUUGGAUAUGGGUAAUGGGAAAAUGGCCAUCGAUCAAUUAACACAAUGCAUCACAUUGCCGGACGAUUUCUGUAGGAUCACGGCUACCUCGGAUGAGUUAAUUGCCAAAGUCUUCCCGAAUCUGCCACAAAAUUACAGAAAUCUUCAGUGGCUCUGUGCCCGGGCCAUUUUAGAGGCCAACAACAACGAUGUGAAUGCAAUCAAUUUCAGAAUUCAAAACAAAAUUCCAGGCGAUUUGACACCUUACAAGUCUAUACACUAUUCCAUCAUACACCAAAAAGAACACUGA